AUGUCCUCGGAUACCAAGACCAAGUUCUCCCAUCUGCCCCUCAGCGCCAGAGGGCCUAUUGAGUGUGCAGUUACUGGUCAUUCGUUACUGAACACGCCGUAUUUCAAUCGAGGAUCUGCACAUAGUUAUGAGGAGCGGCACGAAUUCAACCUCACUGGACUGCUUCCCCAAAGUGUCCAGACGCUCGAACAGCAGGUCAAUCGAGCGUAUGACCAGUAUUCAAGCAGGAAGGAUGACCUAGCUAAAAAUACCUUCCUCACCUCCCUGAAAGACCAGAACCUAGUGUUAUACUAUAAGCUUCUGCAAGACCAUAUGGACGAGAUGUUCAGCAUCGUCUACACCCCAACGGAAGGAGACGCUAUCGAGAACUUCUCGCGACUUUUCCGCCGACCUGAAGGGUGCUUCCUCAAUAUCAACGAUACUGACCGAGUGGAGCACGACCUGGCGGAAUGGGGACGGCCGGAAGAUAUUGACUACAUUGUCGUCUCAGAUGGUGAGGAGAUUUUGGGCAUCGGUGAUCAAGGCGCCGGUGGCAUCCUGAUAUCCGUCGCCAAGCUCGUUCUCACGACUCUCUGUGCUGGUAUCCAUCCGAAUCGGACCCUCCCGGUUGUCCUCGACUGUGGUACCAACAACGAAAGGCUGCUCAAUGACGAGCUGUACCUGGGCCUAAGGGAGAAGCGAGUCCGCGGGGAGAAAUAUGACAAGUUUGUUGACAUCUUUGUCGAGUCAGCACGAAAAUUGUUUCCCCGUGCAUACAUCCACUUUGAAGACUUCGGUCUAACUAAUGCCCGUCGAAUUCUGGAAAACUAUAGGCCCAAGGUACCGUGUUUCAAUGAUGAUGUUCAGGGCACAGGAUGUGUGACACUUGCCGCCAUUAUGGCUGGGCUGCAUGUGAGUAAGCAGAAGUUGUCGGACUUAAAGAUGGUGGUCUUUGGGUCAGGGUCUGCGGGUGUUGGCAUCGCCGACCAAGUUCGUGACGCUAUCGCAGCUCAAGGGAGUAUCAGCAAGGAAGAUGCCUCGAAGCAAAUUUGGCUGGUUGACAAACCUGGCCUGCUCACCACCCAGGUCGAAGACCUGUCGCCUGCCCAAAAGGUGUUUGCGAAAGAAGCCUCGGAGUGGGAUGGUAAAACAUCGCUGCUGGACGUGGUCAAGUCCGUCAAACCCAACGUCUUGAUCGGUACCUCGACAAAGCCGAAAGCUUUCACAGAAGAGAUUGUGAGGGCAAUGGCGGAAAACACGGAGCGACCGGUCAUCCUCCCUCUUUCGAAUCCGACCAAACUCCACGAAGCUGUGCCCGAGGACUUGCUGAAGUGGACGAACGGCAAAGCCCUAGUUGCCACCGGCUCCCCAUUCCAGCCCGUCAAGGGUCCAUGGGGCGCUGAUGGAUCCGAGAUCGAAAUUGAAGUUGCCGAAUGCAACAAUUCAGUAGUAUUCCCCGGCAUCGGUCUCGGAGCUGUGCUGUCUCGCGCAUCUCAAGUGACGGAUAAAAUGCUCGUCGCGGCCGUUGAGGGCGUCGCCGACCUGAGUCCCGCACUGAAAGAUGACACUGCCCCUCUCCUUCCCGGAGUAGGUGUUGUCCGCGACGUCAGUGUUCGAGUUGCACGAAAGGUCAUCCUUGCCGCCGUCGAGGAAGGCGUCGCCACUGAAAAGGACAUCCCUAGCAACAACGACGAGUUAGAUGAAUGGAUCCGAGAGCAGAUGUGGUCGCCCUCAUACCGACCUCUAAAGCGGGUCAGUCCGACGGGGGCUAGCCGCCAGGCAAAGGCUGAGUUGCAGGUCGUGGGUACUUUGAAGCAGGCUGAAAGCACAGUUGCCGAAAAGUUAGGUCUGAACAAAUGGACAGGGGGUUCUUGA